CCCACUGCUCCCCCGGCAUCCAGAACUAGCCACUCCUUUCUUGGGCACUGCUGCCAUGAACACCUUCCUGCUCUCUGCACUGUGCCUCCUCUGGGCCUGGGCUGCCCUGGCAGGGGGAGUCACUGUGCAGGAGGGAGAGUCCUCCUUUUCUUUGGAGUCAGUGAAGAAGCUCAAGGACCUGCGGCAGCUCCAGGCGCCCAGCAUCAGGAACCGCCGGAAGGCUGAUGGAUGCCUGGCUCCCAUGCUCGGUAGGUACCCCGACUCUCCCGAAGAACUCAAGCCAUCUGCCAGCACCCCGGCGCCCAGGAGAGCUCAGAGGCUGGAGACCAUCGCCCAGGACCCGAGCAUGUGUGAAAUCUGUGCCUACGCUGCCUGCGCCGGAUGCUGGGACCGCUGGUGCUCGCUGCCUUCUGCCCCUCCCCUGCAGGAUGCUCCCUCUUCCCGCAGCCCCACCUACCUGCCCCCCAACCAGGAGCGAGCAGCCUGGGGAGGCCCAGCCCCUGACCCCAUCCGAGCUGCUAGGUGCUUCCCAAGAGCCACUCCAACCCUCACCUAAUAAACCAGAUUCCAGAGUGCUCCUGGUGUGGCCUUCGUUCCUUCCUGCAUCCGUCGGUGCACUCAUCAUCCAGCUUCAUCGAUGCCUACCCUGCCCUGGCCAGCUGAGGGGUCAGUGUGCUAAGUGCAAGGACUCUAGUGUCCCUGCUAAGCUCCUGGGGCUGCCACCACACGCAGGCACCGAGGGGCCUGAAUCUCUGGACCACCAAUGGGGGAGGUGGAACCUCUGCUUUUCUUUCGUAUCUCCUGGGGUCACCAAAGUCACCAAGCCACAUGUGAGCACACGAGUCUGUGCUGGCUUAGAUGUCCGACACAGACACUUGACCAGCUAUGAGAUCCUCCCAGAGCUCCAGAGUCUUCACCGUGCCUCAGGCUGUGGCCCCCACGGACCGUUGUAGUGUUGCCUCCUGGCCGCCCCCAGGCCCACUCCCUGAGCACGGCUCUUACGUUUCCUCUGCACUGCUCCUCUUCUCACACUCCUGGCUGGCGAAACUCCUGCUCAGGCGCCAAGGCUUCACUCCCAGGGCCCCUCCUCGGAAGACUUCCGCCCCCCGAGAGGAGUCUUCGUGACCCCUCUGCCUGGUGCUCCCAGGCACUUUAUAACCCACGCCCCUUGCCCAGCUCUGGCCCUCUGUGGGAGAAUGGCUUCUGUGCCUGGGGAAGGCUCUCUGAGCCCAAGAGAGGGAGGCCCCACAGGGAUGACCGCAUGAGAACAUAACGCAGGACAGGGAGAGCGAGAGCCACACUGUUUCAGCCCUGCAUGCCAGCCCCAGGUCUUCCACAUACUGUGUGAGGUUAGCAAAGUCACCUUCCCUCUCUGUGUCUCAGUC